ACUUCUGGCCACAGUCAGUGGGCUACGUUGUAAGAAUAGACAGCCACAAGAUUUGACACUCUGGGAAUGGGAUCACUAAUAAGAACCAAGAAAAACUUUAGAUUCUUUCGAGUUUUCCCACUCCAAAGACUUCUCUUCAUCCAAAGGGAAUAACUCUACAUGCAGCUAAAUGGAAGAGGGAUACGACCUGACUUAAAGAAAAUCACAAAUGGGAUAAAAGUAGGAAGAAAUCUUCCAAUAUAGGCUACAGCAGGUUUUUAUUUUGUUAUAAGCUAUCACAUGUAGGCUAUUUGUUAUUUAUUUAAUUUUGGUUUAAUCUUUAUUAGAAAACGAAAUGUAACAUGCCUAUUAAGUUAGCCUAAUCAAUGUUUCAUCGGAUUAUCAAAUCAAGAAUCAUAUUCUAUUUCAUUUGGAAUCUCUUAUAGCCCAGAAUUAGACAAUUUGACAAAUUAUAACAAUAUCCGCUUUUUUCUUUCUCAAAGUAAAAGAUAAGCCAGUGAGGACUUUGGACUACAUGCAGAACAUCUCAAAAAACAGCCUUGUGUUGAAGCAACGCAAGUCUUUUGUGUCAGAAAAGCCUACUCUGAUUUCUAAAGGUGCGUCUUUGGGGCUGGCACUGUGCAUGGCGCAUAAAGGUGUUGGACCAAAGAGAGUAUUAGCUUUAUACAGAGACCAUGGCAAAGUGGUUCAAAGAAUUCCCCAUCAAUUUGAAGAAUGGUACUGAUAGGAUCCGCUCAGCUUCAGAAUCAGGUUCCCAAUCCAGGGGUAAACUUGGACUGGUAGCUGGCAUUGGCACCAAAGUAACCAGCUCCAAAGUGAGUUCGAGCAAAAACUCGGGAACGGAUAGUAGUGUUGGUGGUGGAGGUGUUGGUGCUCUACUGUCUGGAAGAAAUAGAAAAAAUUCUGCCGAACUGGGAAGGAAUGGCACACGUUCGAUAAAGGAUGGAAAAGUUUGGGAUAGCCUUAUAGGUAAAAGUCGCAAAAAUUCCAAAGCAGAGACGCCAGUGUUUGAUGAGCACCAGCCACUGAAAAGUUCCAGAUCUGCGAAUGCCUACAUCAGUCGUCUGAUUAAAGUCGAUAAGAAGGACAAGAGCCCAAACUUCAACAGCAGCCCAGUGGUACUCGAUACAGAGAAAUCACAGCCACUGUGCAAAACAGAGACGGUGAUCAUUCAGGACUAUGCAGAUCCCUUUGACGCCCACAAGACUCGGGAGCAGAGGGAUGCGGAGAGAGAGGGGGAGAAUGAUGGAUACAUGGAGCCUUACGAUGCGCAGCAGAUGAUCACAGAGAUCAGACGGAGGGGUUCCAAGGACAUGCUGAAGAUGUGUGUCCUGCUGGAGGGGGUUGAGGGGGAGGUGGAGGAGGGGCGACCCGUGCCUCCCCAGAUCUACGACAUGACCUAUGAGGGUGGUGUGGAGGGUGACGGAGGGAGCGUGAAGACCCCGGUCACCAGGCCAGAGUUAGAUCCCCGGCUCCCUGCUGAGUACCAGCUGCCCUGGGAGUGGAAGAAGGAACAGAUUGUCAAGGCUCUGCCUGCCCAGUUUGACAGUCCUGAGCAACCCACCCCAACCAAAGAGGACCCCCCCACGCUCACCCUCACACGGCAGCCCCAGCAGCAGCCCCAACAGCAGCAGCAUCUGCGACAAAAGAGUUGGAGCCAGAAGAUCCUGAAGUCCUCUCCUACUUUCUUGCCCUCCCUCUCGUCCCCGCCCAGCAUCAGCCCAGAGGCUGAGGUGUGCCGGGUGGACCCCACCUUGCCCCUGGAGAAACAGAGCUGGUACCAUGGCUGUGUAACACGCCAGGAGGCAGAGUCUCAGCUCCAGUCCUGCAAAGAGGCCAGUUUCCUGGUGAGGAACAGUGAAUCAGGAACCAGCAAAUACUCGAUUGCGUUAAAGACAAGCCAGGGCUGUGUUCACAUCAUUGUUGCCCAGACAAAGGAGAAUGGCUACACGCUGGACCAGAGUAGUUGUGUGUUUCCCAGCAUUCCAGAGGUGGUGCACCACUACGGCACUCAGCGGCUGCCUUUCAAUGGGGCCGAGCACAUGACCCUGCUGUACCCCGUGCCACGCCCUUACUGACUCCACCCCCACCACACUCAGUCUUAUUUUCUCCUGGAUAAACAGAAGACAGCAAGCUCAGAGACCUGGGUAUUGCUCUUGCUGUACAAUCAUUCUCUCACCUUUCAUAUGCGGCUAAUGCAAAACACAGAGGCUUCUGUUUUGCAUGUGAAUUUGGGAGAAACUCAACCCACGCCUUGAUUGUACAAACGGGGCAGAAAUGAAUGAUCAAAUGAGUCAGAGCCCUGCCAGUUGGAAAUUAGUCUGAAUUUCUACUCUCAAUUCAAAGAUGUGUAGAGAAUACAGUAUCAUUAAUCAUAAUUUUGGUUUAAGAUGGUUUAAGCUGCAAAGGGAUAAAGCUAGUGCUUUGUUCGAAGAAAAACAGUAAAGUGACUCUCUCACCCUCUGGUGGAUGUGCUGGCUCACUGCACCAACUGUACACAACCCUGUGGAGAACAACAACUACUGUACCUGACAAAGACUACUAUAGGGAAAGGGUGAUACCUAGUCAGUUGUACAACUGAAUGCAUUCAACUGAAAUGUGUCUUCUGUAUUUAACCCAACCCCUCUGAAUCAAAGAGGUGCUGGGGGCUGCCUUAAUCAACAUCCACAUCAUCGGCACCCGGGGAACAGUGGGUUAACUGCCUUGCUCGGGGGCAAAACGACAGAUUUUUACCUUGUCAGCUCGGGGUUUCGAUCCAGCAACAUUUUGGUUACUGGCCCAACGCUAUACAACACUGUACAAAGACUACUUCACAUCUACGCUCACAGCAAACAUUUAAGUUAUGUUCUUAGCCUUCUUUUUUUAUAUAAAGGAGAGAUAUCCUCCCAUCACCCAAUUUUCGUCAUCAGUGAACAGUGACAGUUGUGUGACUAUCUGUACCACCUGCACUGUGAACCAUUGAGUGAAUCACCCUAAUGUAAUGUGCCCUGUGUUAGGCUAGCGUCACCCUAUGGGAUUGAAUAUCCCUUGAUAAUUACAUUAAACCACAGGCUCCUAAUCCUGGUCUUCAAGUACCCACAUGUAUGCUGGUUUUCACCUCAUAUGAUCUCUGCAUCAUUAAUAGAAUUGUUGAUUGAGCACUCAUAUGACUGGUUCGAUUGUUGUGGUCUGUCACUGUAAAUCCAAGACCAUGGCCAAUUUGCCUAAAGUAUGUGACUGUAAAACUGAGCAUCAACAACUAGUUGUUGGAAAGCUGAUGGAGUUGUUCUUUGUGUUAACUACUGACUGAAACAAACCAAGAAACAAAAUACUUGAUUUAGAUGCACAGCGCUAUGGAAUAUGACUGAAAAUGUGUCAACAGACCCCAUGUUAAUUUCCAAUGUAAAUUGGUGAGAUAUUUGGUGGGAAAAAAAUCUGACAUUUGAUCUGUUUCUUACCUUCCCUGUCACAUUGCACCACCUGGUGCUAACAAAUAAGAAGUGGCAAUGCAUGAUUGCUUUGAUUUGAUACUAUGUUAUUUCGCUCACCUGCUGGCUCUCUCUUCAAUUCGAGCCUGGGGACGAGGUUAGAUACCAUGUAACCCUAGAUAAUGACUUGUGUGUACUCGUUAUGAAAAGAUAUGCUGAUACCAUUGUCAAACCUACUUUGUCUUUUGGUGUGUAUGUAGAUACCUGCUAUUGAAACAAGAAUGAGUUACUGAUGUUACUGAUUGAAAUAAAAUGCCCUUAGAUAGUCCAUGGUUGUUUACCUAUAUCCUGUGGA